UGAAGGUGGAUUUUAGGAGCCGUUCUAUAAUUCCAAUGUGUAAAGUGAAGGCUUUAUUAUAUAAGGCGCACAUCAUAAUCGAGGCAGAACGUUCCCGAGUCGCCGGAGAUUUCAUCUCUUGUAUUACUCCAUAAUCGCAGCGGCCAAUAACGGGAGUCGCGUUUUAAUCAAAUAUGAUAGUCUGUGAUCUCGUUCUUUUUAAAUGGGAACCCAUUAGAAUGAAUACGCUUGAGGCAGAAGGCGUAGGAUGCUAGUUGGGAUUGGCUAUCAGCCUGCCUCCGCAUUUUAUUUAAGAUCUUCUAAAGAGGAUAUCGAUAACAUCUGGGCGAAUCCAUAUGUGCAAAGGUCACGUCUAACUUGCCUUGUUGAAGACUACAAAAUGUAAGAAAAGGUUGCAAAGAAGACACGACAUCGUUCAUAACUAGGUUCACAGUGUUGACUUGAAAGGAGCCAUGUAGACAGGUGACAAAAGGAGGCUUGGAACUUUAUCGGAAAUUACUUCUCCAAGAGGCCACUUAUUUGGAUGCUUUAUUCUUCUAGGAAAAUUACUUCGUCAAAUAAAACUUCAAAACCGUAUUUGCGGACGAAGCAAUUUACCCGUAACACGCAUUUCUAUUAACUGUAUUCUGAGCCUCCAUCCAUCAGCGUUUUCCUACUUGAUUCGGACACCAACGCCUGUUAAAUACGAGCCUUUUCAUUAAGCUCGUGUUGUAUGUCGUUAUCCUCUGUUCGUGCGCAGAGCUGUGACGCAUGCCUCUUCAUUUUGACUUCUCACAUCCGGAUCUAUAACCUUUGAUUUAAACUUUGCGGGAUUUCAUCACAAUCGCAGUCAUGGUUGAGGUUGCUAACAUAUCAGGCCACUAUGCCUGCAAUGCAUCGCCGCACAAACAAUUCAAUGAUGAAAGAUAUGUCAUCUUUGCCAUGCUCGGCUUCCUGAGCAUAACUGGCAUAAUGGGCAACGCCUUGGUGUUCGCGGUCUACCACAAGAAACGGGAUCAACAGACUUCGACUCUAUUCAUAUUGACAUUGGCAGUGGUUGAUUUUUUCACCUGCCUGGUGAAUGUUCCACUCACACUUUGUAUGGAAUAUCUAGAUGGCUACAUUCAGUCAGAUUUUCUUUGCAAGUUUUAUCACUUUAUCAUGACCUCUUCGGUUCCAUUCUCCUCUUUUAUUAUGGCUGCCAUUGCGGUCGACAGGUACGUGUUCAUCUGUCAUCCAUUUUCACACCUGAUGAAUCUGACAAGAGCCAAACUCAUUGUGGUGUUAUUGGCGGCUGUAGCUGCACUGGAAGGACUCAUCGUGUGCCUUUGCUAUGGUGUCACUCAGCUGUGCCCCGUUGUGUCUGAAACUGGGAUCGGCAACGGAACAAAUUUGGACACAAAGAAUGAAACGUUGAUGGUGAUUUUAGAUACCGGGCACUGCACUGCAAAUACAUUCAUCCUGGGGCGAUCUGUGAGAAAGAACUUUAAAUAUUUUCACAUCUGUCUUUACAUUCUGUCCCUGGUCGUGGUGGUGGUGCUGUACUCCUUGUUGUACAAAUCCCUUCUGGAACGGCGCGCCAAGAGACAAAAGCAGAAAGCAAAGCUCCCGAAACUGAGCUAUGCCGAUGGUCAGUCGGGUUUGAUAACAGAGGAAACGGAAUUGAACACAUUUCCAGUAGAAGAGAACGGUACAGAGAAGAUACAUUUAACGACUCGGCCUCCCACAGAGUUUGAAAGACGUCGCGCCAUGGAGAAGGCAAGGGAUAGACAAGCUAACAUAAAAACUGCCGCCAUGUUAUUUGUUGUCGCCGUUGUGUUCAUCAUCAGCUUCUUCCCUGCAAUGCUAAUUACUUCGAAGCUUCUAACUAUCAGAAAUCCGGACCUUGCUAAAAUUUUCUUUUACUUCUACUUUCUCAACCAUGUUGCCAAUCCCGUCAUUUAUUCUUUUAUGAACCAAAACUUUCGGGAUGAUAUGAGAAAACUGUUGAACUGUUCGCGAAACCCAAGUUUGUGAAUGUUAUGGUGUGUGCAGGAGGCGUAGUUGGUAACUGUAAAGACAAACCUUUCAGUGAAAAGGCCAUACGACGAGGACAUUUCAAAAUUUGCAAAUAUUAUGAAAGAAGAUAUAAAUACGAAUUACGCCGUUUCCAUGAUUUUUGUAAUACAAGUUGAAAAAUUAUUGUUAACUGUAUAUCAGACGAAUUACAGAUUCUAUGUCUCUUGCUGGAAAGCGAUUGAAAGAUUAGUUGAGUGCAAUGUGCUAUCAUUGUCAAGUGAAUCUCCAAUAUUUAUGUAUAUAUAUAAUAAAUAUUUGCUGACAAUAAACAGUACUAGAUGUUUUUAGAA